UCGCGUAUGUUGACUAGUUAGUUUUCUGUCGGCUCUUGUUCAUAAUGGCUGCCGUCGUGCAGAAGUUUCGUUCGCGAUGUGUGCGGUUUUGUCAAAGAAUUUCUUCCAGACAUAUAUCGACUUCAUCUAUUCGAAGAGGAAAGCCUACCUUCGACUGGAAAGAUCCGUUCAAUCUUGAAUCGCAGCUGACUCAAGAUGAGAUUCUGAUCAGAGAUCAGGUCCGUUCGUACUGCCAGGAGAAGCUGUUGCCCCGAGUAAUCGAGGCGAAUCGAAAAGAAAUGUUUCACAAGGAAAUCAUGAAGGAGUUGGGCGAACUGGGAAUUCUGGGAUGCACGAUGAAGGGUUACGGUGCCGCGGGCGUCUCUUCCGUAGCCUACGGUCUUCUAGCCAAGGAAAUCGAGGCUGUGGACAGUGGGUAUAGGUCUGCCUUCUCGGUGCAGUCAUCCCUCGCAGCGGGUGCGAUUCAUAUGCACGGCAACGAGUCGCAAAAGGACCGGUUUUUACCUAAACUCGUUUCUGGCGAAGCAAUCGGUUGUUUUGGAUUGACCGAGCCCAAUCAUGGUAGCGAUGUUGCAGGCAUGGAGAGUAAAGCUACUUACGACGAAGGAAAAAAGAUUUACAGGUUGAACGGGAGCAAAACAUGGAUCACAAAUUCUCCGAUUGCCGACGUAUUGAUCAUCUGGGCGAAAUGCGACGAUGGGAAAAUCCGUGGGUUCAUCGUCGAGAGGAAGGGUAACGAGGGUCGCUUGUCCACGCCAAAAAUCGAAGGAAAAUUCUCCUUGAGAGCUUCCGUCACGGGCAUGAUUCUGAUGGACAACGUGGAAGUACCAGCGGAGAAUCUCUUACCGAACGCUGAGGGACUCAAAGGCCCGUUCAGUUGUUUGAACAACGCUCGAUACGGCAUCGCGUGGGGAGCUUUGGGAGCCGCGGAAUCUUGUAUGCAGGUAGUCAGACGGUAUACUUUGGAACGGAAUCAAUUUAAGAGACCGCUCGCAGCCAAUCAAUUGAUGCAGGUCAAGUUAGCCGACAUGAUGUGCGACAUCGCGUUCGGCUUACAGGCUUGUUUGAGGAUUGGCAGAUUAAAAGACGAGGACAAAGUUACGCCAGAAAUGAUCUCCAUGAUAAAGAGGAACUCGUCUACGAGAGCUUUGGAAAUCGCAAGAACUGCCAGAGAUAUGUUGGGUGGUAACGGGAUAUCGGACGAAUACCAUGUCAUCAGGCACGCGAUGAACUUGGAGAGCGUCGUUACCUAUGAAGGUACGAAGGACGUUCAUGCUUUGAUACUUGGCAGAGCGAUUACCGGCAUACAAGCCUUCGGAGCAUAAAUGCUAAACGGAUAACCAGUUUGAUAACAGAUAAAAUACUACUAUAAAAUACUCUUGAAAGACGAUGACGCUUACAUGUAUAUACAUUUUUGUAUACCAUUUUUGUUGUACCAAAAUAAUUUCUCCGAGAACAAAGGUUCUGCGUUCUACGUCUUUUAAUUUAACGGUUAUUUCGUUUCGCGAUUCGUAAUUUUAAUCUUCCGACAUCUCGAAUGUCCUUUCGUUUGUAAAUGAAACAAUUGGGAAUACAAAGGAACGAAAGCGAACGUCCAAUAAAUGACAAGACUACCAA